UGUAUGAUGGCUGGAGGACAUUGCUUGCUGCUUCUUCUGCUUCUUCUGGGGGGAGUUCUGCAAGACAUGGGAUCGGAAGGACAACACAAUCCAAGAAAACCUGACCUACAGAGGAGGGUGGACUCCAGCCUGCACAUGACAUUUGUCUCCUCUCAGAGCUCUGGCCUCCUAUUUUUUGCAACUGGUAACACGCAGUAUCUUCUUCUGGAGCUGGUCAAUGGGACCGUAAGGGCCCGGCUGGAACGAGGUUCAGGAGAAUCCAUUCUAAACUCUCCAACAUCAAUGUUUUUGAAAAGCAGUGAGACCCAUACACUAGAUUUGAUGGUUACAGAAUCCCUGAUGUCUUUAACACUGGACAACUUUACCAGUAUCAUGGACCUCCCAUGGCCACCACAGAAGCUGUACAUACAAAAUGCCAUAUUUCUCGGUGGAAAUGGUGGAAAUAGCAUUCCAUACCAUUUGCAAGGUAUUCCUAAUUUUCAUGGCUGCAUGCUGGAGGCCAAAUUUAAUAAUAUGGACCUACUCUCUGGCAAUCUUCCUCAAGUGGAGUUUCAUGGAAAUUGGGAAAAUUGCCAUUUAGAAAAUCUGUCUAACUCUGCUUUAUCCUUUGGCUUCCUGGGACCACGUUCAUAUCUAAAGUUUCCGAGCUGGGAUAUCAGAACACAUGGGUCUAUUCAAAUGACCCUGGAGACCUCCAGACCAGGUCGUGCUCCACUUAUUUACCAACCUGGACCACACAGAAGCUAUUUAUAUGUUGAGAUUUCUGGAGGUCACCUGCAGGGAACACUAGAUACAGGAGUAUCUGCUGUUAAAAUUCAAAACUUGGUGUAUAUAAGUGACAGUCAGCCACACACUGUUCAUAUUUCUGUGGAUAAUAGUAAAAUGCAACUUAUUGUGGAUGAAACCUCCUCCCAAGUCUCUCUUGAUAGUCUGAGACAAAAGUCGGAUUUCCUAGGUGAUCUUUAUAUUGGAGGCGUGGAUCAUAUUACAUUGGCAAAGAUGAGGGAAGAUCCACUUGGUAGUAUGUUCAUAGACGACAUGGAAUAUAAAUCUUUCUCUGGCUGCAUCACAGACUUGAAAAUAAACAAGAAGAAGAUGGGAAUAUGGGAUGCUUUGGUUAUCCAAGAUGUUACAGAUGGCUGUCAUCAGUAUGAUGACUAUGCUGAAUAUGAAGGGGACACUUCUUCUGUUCUUCCCACCACUACUACAAGGCCCACAGUUUUUAGGAGUCUUUCGGACACUUGCAAGAUGGAACCCAGUAAUCCAACCUUUCUUCUGAACCCUAAGCCCUUACCAGUGACAAGAGGGGGAUCUUCUGUCUUAGAGUUGAAAUAUGUCCAUCCCACAAUUGAUUUGGCCAAAGCUGGAAUACGUAAAUCUCAGAUAGUUUUCACAGUGGUUGGUGACACGCAACAUGGACAACUGGAACUUGAUAUCCCAGGUGCCGAAGCUAGACGGAAAUUUACAUUACUUGAUGUCAGCAAUCACAGAGUACGUUAUGUACAUGAUGGGUCAGAGUCACAUGAAGACCAACUGAUGUUGGAAGUGUCUCUGGCCAGCGACAUAAAUGUUCCUGAGUGUCUGAGAAAGGCCCAUCGUUACAAUCUUACAAUAAAUAUUUCCCCUUUAACAGCUAUACCUGUCAUAGAGUUCCCUAAAGGGAAUGCAUUAGGAAUUUUAUCACAUGGAUGGUUGGUUUUCACAAUGGAUAUUAUCAAGAUCACAGACUCAGAUACACCAUGUGACCUUCUCACCAUUUUUGUCACUGGUAAUUCCAGAGAAGGACAUGUACAAUUUCAACACAAACCCGGAGAAUCCAUUAGUGAAUUCUCCUGCAGGGAUUUAGAAAAAGGUGCUGUGGCCUUCAUUCAUAAGUCUGGACAACAAGCACAGAUCACACUUCAAGCCAGUGAUGGAACAUCCAGAAGCACCCCAGAGCAUGUCAUCUUUAUAGUGCUGGAGCCUCAAAUGAACAUAACUCAGAAAGCUUUAGUUGUAUCCCAGGGAGCAUCUGCACUGCUCAGUCCUUUGAACCUACCUACAGUGACCAAUACAGAUAAACUGGGAAUAGAAGUCAUAUAUCAAUUAGUUGAGCACCCCAGGCUAGGGGUGAUACAGAGAUUGGUGUCUGGAGACAACUGGAAAGUGACUGAGGAAUUCAGACAAAGUGACUUGGAAAGAGCUGGUGUAAGGUAUCUCAGUACAAUUGCAGAACUUAGUGAGGAAGAGGUUACCGAGGAUCUGAAAAUCCAGCUAAAACUUGAAACUCAGGUAGUAAGUAAUAACACAUUUCGAGUCAAAGUGAAGAGGUCAAGUGUACAGAUGAUGAGGAUGAUCUCCCUGAAAUUGGGAAGGAAACGUAAAGUGAACCUUACAGAAAAUCAGUUACAGGUAGACACAGAAAUUCAGGGCCAAGAACUGGCAUCAUACAAAUACUUGAUUUCUCAAUCUCCUAGAAAGGGAAAUCUGCUAUUUGAUGGACAGAGGCUUAUGGAAGGCUCCCGUUUUACCCAAGAAGACCUAGGGAAGGAGCGGAUCAGCUAUGCAGCUACAGUCCAAAACACAAAAGAUAUGGAGGACCAGUUUCAAUUCCAAGUGUUAUAUGGCACCAAGAAUUCCCCAGUAUACACAUACAAAAUUCUGAUUGGUGUAGAUCCAGAUGCCCCACAACUUAUUAAUCAACUAUUGCAUGUACUAGAGGGUGGGGAAGAGGUAAUAACACCAGAACAUCUUUUUCUUAAAAGUGGAAGAAGUGCUAGUUUUACUUAUGAAGUCAUAGAUGGUCCUCAACAUGGAAUAUUAAUUCGUAAGGGAAAUCCGCAGUCCGGAGAUUUUACAGAAGAAGGGAUAACAGAAUUCACUAAUGAGGAUAUUCUUGAAGGACUUCUUUUUUAUCAGCAUGAUGGUUCAGAAACCACAGAAGAUGAUAUACCAUUUGUAGCCUCUAGGCAGCAGGAAGGCAGUGCCUCUGAUAUCAGUGGAGAAGGAGAGGAUGACGAACAGGAGGUGGUAAGAGGUGUUUUCCGUGUCUCUAUUCAGCCAGUUAAUGAUAAUCCCCCAUUGCAAAUAGUUCACAAAGUGUUCACUGUGGUUCGUGAUGGACAGAAGUUGCUAACUACCAAUGAUAUUGCAUUCUUAGACCCAGACUCAGGUUCAACAGACUCACAAAUAGUGCUGGUUAGAUAUGGGGUGCCAUUCGGAAAAAUAGUAUUUUUGGAUGACCCCUCACUCGUAGUUAUGAGAUUCACACAAGAGGAUAUCAGAAGAAACAGAAUUCUGUUUAUCCAUAGUGGUCCUGACCUGGGUUAUUUACAGUUACGGGUGUCUGAUGGGCUUCAUCAUCUUACCACUAUUUUAGAGGUACAAGCAUCUGACCCUUUCAUCCACAUUGCUAAUAUUACCACACUGAAUGUGUUAUCAGGAGAUAAGGGAACCCUGACAGCCACAAAUCUCAAACUGGAAACCAACUUGGACUUACGCACAGAAGAAGACAUUAAGUACUACAUCAAUACUAAACCAAGAUGGGGAGAAGUUUUGAAGGACGGAAACCCCACAGAUUCAUUUUCACAACAAGAUUUGACAGAUGGAUUAAUAGUUUAUCAGCACAGUGGAGAAGGAAUUAACAGGGAUCAUUUCAGGAUUUCAGUUGAGGCAAACCAGGUAGUUGCAGUUGGUGACAUCAAGGUACAGAUAAUCUCUAAUUCUCCACCUGUGACUCUGAAUGUAAUACAUAAUGAGAAAGUCUACGUCUUCCAAGGAGAGGCAGCAGAGAUCAAGAAGGACUAUCUUAUGGUAUCCGCAGAGGGCCUGUUCCCUCACAAAAUUGCAUACAGUUUGACAGACCCUCCUUCUUUCGGUUACUUGGUGUCUAUUAGUGGAGAACUAUCUUCAGAUGGGUCACCGAGUUUGGACUCCGUACAUACUUUCACCCAGGAGGAUAUUAACAAGGGAAGGAUCCUGUAUCUACAUUCAGCUUCAGAAAUGCUCCCUGACCGUAUGACACUAGAGGUGUCUGCAGAAGGGACAACUCAGGAGAUAGUGAUCCCCCUGGAGAUUCUAUCUGUUCUUAUCCCACUGGAAGCCAAUGAACUGGAAGUGGAAGAGGGUGAGACAACUGUCCUAUCCAGCAGCAUACUCAAGGUUCCCAAUGAAUACUACCAGGGUCUGCAUUUAGAACUUACAGUACUGGAAGCUCCAAAGAGUGGUCGUAUAAUUGAUGGAGAGAAUAGGAAUCUGAAGAGCUUCAAUUGGAAUGAGCUGGAUCAGGGACGAGUAUUUUAUGAACAUGAUGGCAGUGAGACCAGAAAUGACAGUUUCACUAUUAUGGCCAAUGCUUCAGAUGCAAACCACCACAGCCAGCCAGUAACAGUCAGCGUGAUGGUACAGCCAGUAAAUGAUGAGAAGCCAAUCGUUGUCAUCAACAGUGGGCUGCAGAUAUGGGAAGGUGAGACUGCAGUUAUUAACCCACAAGCCCUGCUCAGUAUUGAUGCUGACUCAUCCCCUGAAGAGCUGGUAUAUACCUUCUUUCCUCCUUCCAAUGGAGAAGUGAUUGUGAGGGAAUUCCCUGGGAGAGUUUCAAGAUUCACACAGAAAGAUUUGGAACAAGGACUUGUGCAUUUCAUGCACAGAGGAGAAACAGAUGGCGGAUUCUUCUUCACAGUUUCUGACGGAGAAAAUGACUCAGAGAAGCACUUUUUCCGUGUUCAAGCCACACUUAUCACAGUCAGCAUGAAAUCUCUUAAUGACCUCAUAGCAUGUCCACGAUCCCUACAACAAAUCACCAGUCAAAACCUGAAUGCCGGGACAAAUGAAGGAAAGGAUGCACAGCCUGUGUUUGUGUAUUACAUUGAAAAUCCUCCACAGAUUGGUCAGAUCAUACGAGGAAGAGACAUGGAGGGGACAGUACUGAGUAACUUCACUCAGUCCGAGGUGGAUGCAGGUUUAAUAUUUUACCAACACAUUGUAACUCCAACACCAUUUUGGACCGCUAUGGAUAACUUCUCAUUCCACGUACAAUCCCCCCGUGCAGUGUCUUCCCGGUAUAUCAUGAAUGUGACAGUGACGUUUGAAAGCCCAUGUCCACAGCUGCACACACAGCUCUGGAAGAACACAGGUCUUCGUAUCCUGCAAGGUGGUUCUACACCCAUCACUCUUAACUCCCUUGAUGCUUCCAACCUUCUAGCAAAUCCAAGUGUCUCCAGCAUUUCUCAUGAUGUGGUUUUCUUGGUCACAAAUUUCCCAUCACAGGGCCAUCUCUCACUAUAUGGUGACACUCUGAACUCACAGAUUUCGUAUUUCUUACAGUCACACCUGGAGAAUGGAAGUCUGCUAUAUAUCCAUACAAAAUCUGGAGGCCUGGAUGACAGCUUUCAGUUCACAGCCAGACCAUGGCCUAAAUCCCAGCCUUUUCAUGAACGCGAUCAUGAUGUUGGUAUCUUGGUCAAUGAAUCGUUUAAUAUAACAUUUACUAGUUCACCCAUGAUACCACCCAUUAUACUUCAACCAAAGUCAACAUUACUCCUGCCAGUGGGCUCAUAUGUUUCACUUACUCAAGAUCAUUUAUCUUUAGACACUACACUAGCAUCACCUGAUAAGAUAGUUUAUACUAUACUGGAUUUACCAGUAGGCAUAUCAGUUGAAACCUUUGGAAGCCAAUCUAUGCCAGUCACACAAUUCACACAAGAUGAUCUUGCCAAGUCACGGAUCAUGCUCAUGGCUAACAUAACUGCAGUUUCAGGUGAAAUCAGAGUUAAUGUCACAGAUGGACAGCAAACUCCUCUUAUAGGAAAACUACCUGUAAAGGUUCUCCCAGUUCAUCAGGCUGUUCUUGAAGUCAAACAGGAAUCGGGCAGGGCAAAGAUCACACUAGGACAUAUACCGCCAACAUUGGGCAGAAUGGCAGAUACCUUUUUCUAUAAAAUAACAAAGAAGCCAAGUUAUGGGCAGGUAGUAGUUGGCCAGGACACAGUAUCAGAGUUUCAAUGGAAACAGGUGAAUAACAAUGAAGUAUCUUAUGAAUUCACCAGUUUCUUGUCCACCCAAGAUGAGUUUGAACUUCUUGCAGUCUCCAGUUUCGGGGAGGAAGUUAUUGUUGGGAAAGUGACAGUAGUAGUGUCAGCAAUGGUGAAGAUAGGAGAUAGGCAACAAUGGCCAAGGGGAUGUACUAUUAUGCUAGGGUCAGAUGUUGUUGAUGCAAGUGAACUUGAGAAACAUACAAAUAGUGUUCCUCAAUUCAUAGUUCUUCGCCAGCCAAGGGGAGGAAAGUUGAUGAAAUUUCCUUAUCAGGGUAGCAGAGGAGAGGGAGCAAGCACUAAUGUCUUCACACAACUGGAGCUAGACAGUGGACUAAUUGGUGUGGAGUUAUGGGAAGAUGAGCCGAGUAGGACAGACAUAAGAAGUGACCGACUUUCUCUGAUGCUCAGUGCUAGUCAGGUACCCCCUGCAAAUGUUACUGUGAGAUUUACUACUGUACCUUAUAACUCGUCCCAUUCCUACACUGCCACCCUGCUCAGAGUUGCUGGGCACUUGCAGACCACGACAAAUGUAGCAAUUCCCACAACAGCUUUAGAAUCCACAAGCAUGAUGUUCACCACUCACAUACACUCUACAAAUAUUGGGUCAACCUUAGCAUCCACGAGCAGUGAGUCAACCACACAAUUAGAAACCACUACACAAUUAGUUUCUACUACUGAUUUAGGCAAAACUAAUAAUUUGAUACCAAUCACAAAUUCAGAAUUAACAACAACACUAGAACCUACAACACAUCCAGAUAUUUCCAUCAAUACUACUCAGCCUAAUACUUUCACACCAGAUCUUUGGGUGUUGAAAGACCGAACAUGGGAUAUAACCAUGAAUAGUUCGAGGAUAAAUGCCUCUACUUCACCCAGCCCAGCAGAAGAGCGUACAGUCCUUGCUUUUAUGAAUUCACACAUAUAUAGUAUCAUACUUCCUGUCUGUCUAGUAUUGCUUUUGGUCGCAGUUGGUCUUCUUCUUCUAGCAUAUUUUGUGCGCAGGAAAAAGAUGGGAAAGCAUCACGUCCAAAAAGCAGCCACUUCUGCUGCCAAGACUGAAAAUGGAGCCACAGAUCGGCAAACAUUUCGUCCAACUGAGCCUGAAAGGGGAAUCCCUCUUUGUGAGGUUGGAGGACAUAGGGGCAAUGGUGUUGGAGGAAAUGGACAACCUGGCAGCCAGUACUGGGUCUGACUGUAAAAAAAAAAAAGAAAAAGAAAAAAAAAGACUGCUUUCCUUGGUAGGCUCUAAACGCGGGAGAUGUCCUCCCAACAACACUCUGGCUGGAAAAUAAAGUGGGAGUCAGCACUCACUCUAUCUCUCUGUCUUUUUAUAAAACAGUGCAGUGUGGGCCUAUUUUAGAACAUUCUCAAGAUGUGUCUUCACAGCUAGGACAAUCUGUACUGGACUUAGCUACAUCCCAGCACGUCUACCCCAGAAACUGAACUAAUUAGAACUUGGACAGCCACCCACAGUAGUACCUGAACAAUUUAAUAUCUACAUAGUUUCUAUUCUUCUGAGGGUAUGGGUGAUAUAGUGAAGGUACAUUGGACAACAUAUAUCACUAGGAUCAUUGUGUGUUCUUUAGAGCAGCACUGACUGACAUGGCCUGUGCAAUUAAAACUGUCCAGGGCUUUAUAUGUUUUGUUGGAAAAAUUAAAUAAUAGGUUUUCACAGAAAAUCUCCCGUAGACUCAACCUGUCCACAAAUACUGACCAAAUAUUUCUUGUAUAUAUUUCAUAGAUUUAUUUAUAUACAUGAUUUCUUAUUAGUCCUUUGACUAAUAAGUUACGUCUCAAAAGGUAUCUAGGUUACAGACAAGCCAACUCUGGUUACUUCCUGUAAAUUUGAAAGUCUAUACUCAGUUAUUAAGUGCAACAGGGGUGACUGAAGAUGUUAUAUUGUCUGAGACAAUAGCAUAACCUGUCAUCCAACAACUCUUUAGCAAAAAUAAACACCAAUUUUUAAAUGAGUGCAGUGCACUUAUUACUUGCAGGACAAGAAGUCCAAUUGAAGGACUAUACUGGCUGAUAUGGAUAUUAAUAUUUACCUAGCUCUUAAGAGGACAGUUCUAGAGAUCAUAAAAAUGUUCAUACAACUUUUUCCUCAUUGAUCCUGCCAACUAACAGAAGUAUCUUUAACAUUCACCCACUAGGUAUGAUUAUACUAUAACCAUUUCCCCAGAUGCCAGCUUUGCAUGUCAUGGUGCAAGAGUCAGUCUCAGGUAUAAUAUAGGAGUGUUAGCUCUGCAGGUUCUCAUGUAUUCAAAUUUCAAAUAUUAUGUUAAGAUAGAAAGCAGAAACAAUCGCCAUAAUCUCCUAAAAUAUAAGUUAAGUAAAUAGUGAAUUGGGAGAAGGUCUAAGCUACCUCAAUAUAAAAAAUGACUUUCUAGAAGCCCUUCCUCCAAGAGGAACUAAAGUUAUUGUAAGAGAAAAGUGAAUGUCAUACCUAAGUACAUUACACCUACAUCCAGUUUGAGCGCUUCACCUCGCUGUAGUAACUUAUAUUCCUUUUAAUUGUAUUCAGGGCCCAACAUUAGCAGUAGUCUUCUAUAUGUAUGCUGCAAACGGUACAGGAAGAUCGUUUAUGUCUCAUCUCACUCCUAUUUAUAUGUAUUGUAAACACCUACAGUAUACCAAUACUGUCUCUGCAAAUUCAUCAGUCCGGUUUACCCUAUUCAGCAACGUAAAAAGUAUGUGAUGUCAUUUGUUAAAUGUAAUAAAA